AUGACGCAGCUAGGAACGCGCCGGCCCAUCGUUAUCUGGAAUAAUUAUAACGACUAUUCCACUUCUGGCGAGACGUUUGGGAGGAUUAAGAAUCUGAACAAGAUCAGGUCUGGGCUGGGAGGGGCUGAUAGUAGCUUUUACGAGACUGUUGGGGAGGUCUUGGCCCAGCAGGAUAGUGAUAUUGCUAUCAAGCGGGGUAAUGCGCUGGCUGUGCUCACCAAACGAGGUGGAUCGGGCACUGGUACAUGGACUGUCAGCGGGGCCAAUUUUGGCAAGUCUGCUUCCAUCAUUGACCUUAUCUCGUGUGACACCUCCACUACCUCGUCUUCGGGCGACAUCGCCGUCACUUGGACGGCUGGCCAGCCUUUCGUCUUUGUGACUUCGGACGUUGCUAGUCAAGCUGGACUUUGCCAGUGA